GCUGCCUGCGCGCCGACCUCGUCGCCAGCGUCGAUGCCAGGAUCGCCACGCCCAGGCUGGGCACGGCCAACGACUUUUAUGUUAAGAAUUUUUCAGGAAAAACUCUGAUGGUCCUAGAAGGUUGUGCGGAGCCUCACCUCGGCUGCUGCAUCCUGCUGCGAGGUGGCUCCCUGGCGGAGUUGGCGAGGGUCAAGAAGGUGGUCAGGUUCAUGCUGCUGGCUUUCUACAACUGGAAGUUUGAGAAGGCCUUCCUCGCUGACAUAGAGGCGGUACUUCCUGAACCUGGGAUGUCUUUCGGUGAACCUGAAGCGAAUGAAACGGAUAUACAAAGAGAGAGUGAGAGGCAAGAGAAAGAGAGUCUCUUUAGUGAUGUUAAGGAAGACGAUAAAUCUAUAGAUUUGAAAAGUGAAAAUGUAGAUGUAAUAGACGAUAUGGAUGAUUCUAAUAUUGAAUUAUUUACAAACAAAACAGAUACAAAAUCGGUUACAAGUGAUGUAUUAAAUGAAGAAGUAAAGAACGUUAAAGAGGAUGAAAUGGUUCAUGAAGUGAAAUCUAGUCGGAAGACAGAUGGUGAUAAAAAUUUAAGUUGCGGAGUACCGAUUAGAGAUUUCAGUGAUCCGUUACGUGCGACUUUGUCUAUGGAUGAUGAGGUGUUCUUGCCUAAAGAAGAAGCGGAGUUAAAAGCUGAUUCUCAUAGCGAAAGAUGGUGCACCGACGACGCGGUGUUGUCGAUGUCCCCCAACAUCGUGAUCCCCGCGCCGCGCCUGCCGCUGCGCGCCCCGCCCGCGCCCGCGCACACGCCGCGCGCGCGCCGCCGCCCCGCCCCGCGCGCGCCGCGCUCGCACGUCGUGCUGCAGGAACCCCAUCCAUUUAUCAAGAUGGCGAUAAGUAGUCCCGCGGACGACCUGCGGUUACGAUCUGCACUUGCCCAUUACCGCGCUACCGGCGCUCGUGUCACUAACGGCACUCAUAAACUACAUCGUACGUGUACUACCCAAGACUACUCGGACCCUACCCUAUGGGUAUAUGUACAUUGCAGGUUCGUGCACGGGGACGCGAGUGUGACCAUAACCUGCAAUACAAUAGGACACAGCAAUCUAGACAAGGACAAACAAGAUCACUCCAGAGAGGUAAGAUAUACUUUUUUUUCUAUUCUCAAUAUAGAUAUUCUAAUAAGAAUCUGCCCGCACCCGCUGCACGCGCACGCGCACGCCUUCCUCGCACGCCUCACUACCGCCUGCUUCAGAUACAGCAAGAUAUCAAUGUAUGACAUCCAGUUUCCGCCGGAAGUGAUCUCAAUUAAUUACGACACGAAGCGCAUGCGCGACAACCUCAUCGCGCAACUUAACGAACUUAUGCUUAAAGGGCACGAGACAUUCAGUGGUGCGGGGGAAGGGGAGGAGAAGGAGCGGGAGUACUCCGCCUUCCGACACCAUAUGGAUAAUAUCCACCUUGCGCUUACCUCUGCCAGCCUCCACGAACAUGUUACACUCGCCAGCGUAGUACGUAAUUUAUGGAAUGUUUCUGAUAACAUAAUAACUGGAGAGAGAAUGCUCCGCGAGGCGCAGGACAAGUGGUCGAGUCCGCAAAAUAAGAGUAAAUUGCAACCAGAAAGCAACCAAGAAGAUAAAGAAGCAGACGAGUGUAACGAAAAUGCUGCAAAUGAUAGUUCAGGUACUGAGGAGGAUGAAGAGAAAGGGGACAAGAAAACUGUUAAACAGAUUCUAUCUCAACUUUUGUCCAGUAAUCAACAAGCUAAUCAGUAUUACAGUACUCAAAAUGAACAAGAAGAUGGUGAAAAUGCAACUGGUAAGGAGAAAAGUGAUGGAGACAAGACAAAAACUAGCACAAAGUCCAACGAACAUAUAGAAGUACUACUAAAGGACGGUCUGGCGUGCCGCGUAUACUUCGCGCUGCAGUUUCACUCGCUGCGACACGCGGUUCUAGCCGCGCCCGCAACAACCCCCACACCCGCGCCCACAGCCCCCACCACCUGCUCCUGUCACACCAAGGAGAAGGAUGGUAAGAAUGUGUGCUCUGUGGAGGAAGGGUUCAUACGUUCUCUGGCGCAGUGCGUGCCGUGGGCAGCGCGCGGCGGCAAGUCGGGCUCCACCUUCUGCAAGACGGAAGACGACCGCUACGUGCUGAAGGAGAUGACGAAGCCGGAAUGGCAGCAGUUCUUGGAGUUCGCACCUCAUUACUUUGCCUACGUGAACUCCUGCCGACUCAGCAACCAGCCCAGCUUACUAGGUAAGGAAUUUUGUAAUAGAAUGUACAAACGCAGAAAACCGGUUUUAAUUAAUAAAAUUUGCCUUCCUUCUAGAAAUGAGCUAAACUUCGCCUCUUUUUACCAAUAACCAAUUUAUUUAUUAAGCAGUGAGUUGCGUAAACAAUGGAAUAAUAAUAAAGCAAGCGGCCACCUGAAUCCACCGAAAUGGA